CUGUUUUUUGUUUCUUGCCCGGGCUUUGAGAAGGGAGAGGAGGGACGGAGAAUGAGUUAUUCUUGUACCAGCAGUGGCAACAGCCAGGAUCCAUCAAACGCUGAGAAGUCCGUGGGUAAUAAUCCCGGCAGUUGCGGUGGCGGAAGAGAUACUGGAGGAAGCAGCAGUAACAACACCGAUGGCCAGACGAGUCCGAACGCGAACCCAAACCCAACGGCGGCGAUGAAAGUAAAAAAAGGCUGCAACUCGACGGACAUCCCGGCGACCAUGGAGGAGGGACUACUCGCGAACACGGUGAUCACUCCCGAUGAUGUACUGGCCUUGCAGAAGAUCACAGAGAACUACCUGUGCGAUCCAGGUGAGAAUGUGUACAGCAUUGACUUUACCAGGUUCAAGAUCAGAGACAUGGAGACAGGCACAGUGCUGUUCGAAAUCUCCAAACCUCCUUAUACAGAUAAAGCAGGAGAUAAAAGGGCCAUUGAUCCAUACACCGGAAGGUUUGUCCGCUACCAGUUCACCCCUGCCUUCCUCCGGCUAAGAGAAGUUGGUGCCACUGUUGAGUUCACCGUAGGAGACAUGCCCAUAGAGAACCUCCGGAUGAUUGAGAGGCACUACUUCAGGGAGAAGCUGCUCAAGAGCUUUGAUUUUGAAUUUGGCUUCUGUAUGCCCAGUAGCAAGAACACCUGCGAACACAUCUACGAGUUCCCCCCUCUCUCUGAAGAUGUCAUGCGAGAGAUGAUCCUGCACCCGUACAAGACGCAGUCCGACAGCUUCUACUUUGUGGACAACAAGCUGGUGAUGCACAACAAGGCAGAAUACUCCUACAGUGGCGGCCCCUAGAGGAUAGAGGACCAACCAGGCUCCUGCAGCCAGACAGACAGACAGAAAGAAAGAGGGACAGAUGGAUGUAUGGACAGACCUAGGGACCAUGUUACUCAGUGGCACUGUUAACAAACCACUGAUCCCAUGCUCUCUCAGCCCUAUGGAUCAGCUACAGAAACACCACUGAAUAGACCCAACUAGAUCUAGUGUGUAUGUGUGUCUGUGCGCAUCAGGUGUGUGUGUGUGUGUGUGUGCGCGAAUAGCUUGCCUGUGUCAGAGCCUCGGAACACAUGCACCAACACACACACACUCCCAAACAGCACUUGGUCAGACACUGCCAUUGAUCCAGUAGAUGCCAGCAUACGAGUGUGUUCUAUGGCAUGUCCACCAGACAUGACUUAGUCAUUAUAAAGCGACAUAGAGUUGUUAUAUUGCCUCAGAGGCAAUGAGACCAGCAAGUAAAGUACCAGUAGAGGCUAGAGAAGAAAUAAAUGGAUGUGUGUGCGUGUAUAAAAUGUGUCUCUGUCUGUAUAUUUAUUAUGUAGGUGUGUGUAUGAUUGUGUGUGCACGUCUGUAUGUUUGGCAUGACUCUGUGUGCGCUCACGACAGUAUGUGUGUCUGUCGUUGUGUUUGUGAGUCUAAAGCUUAAUGAAAUUAGAGGUAACUGACAUUGAAACAGUUAGACUCUUCAUCCGUCACUAUAACGGUUGGUGGCACCUUAAUUGGGGAGAAUGGGCUCGUGGUAAUGACUGGAGUGGAGUCAGUGGAAUGGUAUCAAA